UGCAUUUAAAAAAGAUUAAUGUCCGCAUUUUAAACUGACUGCCAUGGUUUGAGGAUUGAAAAAAAUAUCUCAGUUUUUAAAUCUGAUAAAAGUUGUUAAAUUGUGUUGCAUAUCCAUUACAAUAUAUGCUUCGCACAUAGUACCUCGGCAAUUAGAUACUAAAUUAUGAAAAUUAUGAAAUAAUCUACCAACAUAGAAGUAUAAAGCUAAGAUGGAGAUCAUUAAAAAAUGUGAAGAAAUGAGUGAAAUUUAUUGUUUUAAUAAAAAGGCUGAUAAAAAUCACUAUAUUAUAUUCUGCUUUCUUUGCAAAAAAAAAGUAAGUGGUCAAAACGAAAUUUUAAAGCAUUGUGAAACUAGUGUGCACAAAGCUAAAUCUUUAUUAUUUAACAAACUUGAAGUUGAUCCUAAAGAUCUCUGAAGACACAAGUUGGGAAAGUGCCAAGUUUUAGCAAAUUGGAACAACUUAAAAAAAAAUGUAAGGAACACUUUGAAGCUAUGAAUAAUAAUUAUGAAAUUCAAUUAAACAAUUUAUUGGAGCAACAACUGUUGACAACAGAACGCUUGACAAAAAAAGAUCUAUGUUUGAGAAAUGAAAUAUGUAAACAGUUUGAAGAAUGCUUAAAAAAAAUGAUUGCUCCGGACCUACAUUGUCAACUGCAUGGUUCUUCAUUAACAUUGCUUGGGUUUAAAGAUUCAAAUGUUGAUAUUAUUAUCAAAUUUGAUAUGCAGAAAAUUAUAGAGUUUAAUCCAUUAAUGUCUGACUCUCUAUGUUUUUAUUCUCUGGUAGCGGAAGUGAUUCAAAAGCAAACGUGCUUUUAUUCAGAUCUUGAGAACAAUCUUGAUAUGAAAAAUGCUAAUAUUAAAUUUAAAGAUAUAAAAAGUGGACUUUCAUGCUGCAUAGCUCUUGUUUACAGUAAGUGUUAUCAAACAUCUGAUUUAAUAAUCAAGUACACCAAUGUUGAUGAGAGAUGCGCUAAACUGGCUAUGUUAAUAAGAAUGUGGAGCAAGGCUUGUGGUCUGGACAAUGCUGAUAAUGGAGGAUUAUCACCAUACUGUUUUGUAUUAAUGGUAAUUAAUUAUCUUCAACAUACCGAGCCACCUGUCCUUCCUAUAAUAAAAGUUACUGGUUGCGAAUAUGAAGUUGAUAAGUUAGUUGACCAGGAAAAUGAAGACAUGUACUCAAUACCUUAUAAUGAAGUUCAAUGUUGGAAAAGUAAGAACACUGCUUCUAUUGCUGUUUUGUUUAUUGGUUUUCUACAUUACUUUUUGGGAACAUUUCACCAUAAAUCAAUGAUUGUUAACAUUAGACAGCAUGCACCUUUCUUGCGUGAUCUUGAAAGAUAUGGGAAUCGUCGGUUUGUUAUUUUAGAUCCAUUUAUAAAGAAAACAAAUGUUGGCAAAUCUUUAGGAUCGCAAUCAGUGAUGAACUAUCUUACAAAAUGUAUGGAAAUAACAUACAAGUACUGCAUUUCUUUCAAAAAUAGAGUUGAAUCACAUUUUAUGAAAGAGAAUACAGAGCUGAAAGAAAACGUUGGUGAAAAUGAACUUGAUAAUGGUCAUCAUGAUUUAGAAGAAAAGCUUAAUGAGGAACAAGUCAUACAUUUUGCUAUAAACAAGCUUUUAAAGGAAUUGUUAGAUAAUGUUACAAAGGAAAUUUCAUGCGUUAGAUCUUUCCACUUUCAUACCACAAGUUUUUCCCCAAAAACUCCAUUUCCAAAGUUUUGCUCUUCGUGUAAAUCAGAUGGUCAUGGUCACACUUCUUGUAAAGUUGAGAAAUUGAUAGUAAAACCUUUGCAACCUUUGAAUAAAGCUAAUAUAAAUAUUCUUAAUCAAGUUUGUGUAGAAGUGAUGACAACUUGUGAAAUGACUGAAAAAGAACUUGAUUUUCGAUUGAUGAUCUUGAAGAAAACUGAGAAUCAUCUUAAGAAGAUUUUUAAUGAUAGUUGCCGUCUUUUAUUGUUUGGUUCUUGUGUGAAUGGUUUUGGUUUUCAAAAUUCUGAUUUGGACAUAAGUCUAUGCUUUGAAACUGAUACUCCACCAAAAGAUUUUGACUAUCAACGCACUAUUAGUCAGAUAGAAAAAAAGUUGAGAAAAAGUUUAAAAUCUUCUAUAUUCUAUAAAGUAGAUUCUGUAAAGUCUGCCAAAGUUCCAAUUGUUAAAUUUUGUGUAAGAAACAGCAAUAUUCAAGGCGACAUUAGUUUAUACAACUGCUUAGCAAUUGCUAACUCUAAAUUGUUAAAAACUUAUGCAAUGAUCGACACUAGAGUAAAAAUUAUGGGUUACUGCAUCAAGUAUUUUGCAAAAAUUUGUGACAUAGGUGAUGCUUCUCAUGGUAGUCUCUCUUCAUAUGCAUACAUUUUACUAAUGUUAUACUAUUUGCAACAUUGUGAACCACCAGUUAUUCCUGUUUUACAAGAACUUGCAGUUGAUAAAAAAAAGACAUUCUUAAUUGAUGGAAAAGAUACAUGGUUUUUUGAUGAUAUUCAAAAUCUUGAUACAGUGUGGAAAGAUUAUGGAAAAAAUAAACAGACCUUAGCAGAACUUUGGAUUGGAUUUUUCAACUUUUACGUUGAGAAGUUUUUUUUCAAAAGAUUUGUUAUAGCCAUUCGACAAAAAAACUCUCUUUCAAAGUGUCAGAAGGAAUGGUGGAAUUGCUCUAUGGCAAUUGAAGAUCCUUUUGAUCUUGACCAUAACUUGGCCGCAGGGGUUAAAGAUGAUAUGUUUGAUAAAAUCAUGUCAUGCUUCAACAGGGCUCGCUCACACUUUGGUUCUCCUUUCUCUAAUUCAAGAAAACUCAGCAACAAAGAAUAUUACUUUAAUGGUUCUUAUUUUACAGAUGGUUUUGUUCCAAAUGAUAGUGGUAAAAUUAUCAAAGUUGACAUUGAUAAAAAUGGUGAAAAAAAAUUGCUGACCAAAGAUAAUGAUUUGAGAUGCUUUUACUGUGGUCAAAGUGGUCAUUUUAAAAGAGAUUGUACUUUUCAAGGUCGUCUACAAAGUCAGAACAGUAAUUUAAGAAAUCAAAAAUGCCGUGACUAUCAAACAAACGACCAAAAAACGCAAAUUGCAAACAAAACGAAAUUAGAAAAUCUUAUGCGGAAAAAAGAUUUUUCAAAAAAUGAAAAUGCUCAUAGAGAAAAUGGUUUUGAAAAACAUCAUAAUGGGUUAAAUGACGAGUUUCCUGCGCUUUGUUCAGUUAAGCAAAUUGGUUCUGGAGAGAAUUGUUUUCUUGGAAAGCAAUCUUUCGCACAACAUGCUUCACAACAACAACACAACACAACACAAUUAGAAAAUGUUUCAAAUUUGCCUUUCUAUUCUAAAGUUGUUACUAACCCAACAACUGGUAAGCGUGAUGUUGGUAACACAAAACCAGUUAGCAAACGACAUGAUGCUAAUCUUGUUUCCUCUAAUACGAAAUCGUCUACAAACCAAAGCAAUAUUAGGCAAGACGUUUCUAAUAAAAUUGAAAGUCAAAAUAAUAAGAAGAAAGAUCUGUCUAAUAGAAAUACAUCCAUAAAUCAAAAUAAUGCUAGGCGAGACGUCUCUUAUAAAAAUGGAAGUCAAAAUGGUCCUACAAAUUACUAUCGAUCUGAUAUAUCUGAUACUAGAAAAUAGUGUAGUUAUUUUUAAUAUUCUUUUUUGAUGAUUUUUAUUGAUGUUGAUGGAGGACUUUUUUGAAUUUGUAUUAAAAGGCUCGC